UCGCCGAGCCACACCCAGUCUCCACCUGCCCGCCCGCCCCGGGCAGUCGGCGCAAUCGCUGACCGAGUGAAGUUGCGGUAACGUAACUGCGGGGCCAUGAGUCGCUUCAGGGCGUCAAAGUACAAGAACACGGCGCCGCGGCUGCCGGUCCGAGCGGACUGGAUCAAUGGCAUCAGAAGCGGCUCUGCCACUUCCUGUGGAAAUCACAUCAAGUCGAGCUGUGCCUUCAUUGCUUUCAAUGCCAGCAGCCCAGGAGGUGGCACGCUUGGGAUUCUUCCACUGGAAAACGGACGCAGAGACAAGCGGCACGUGUCGGAGCUUCCUUGUCACGCAGAUCUGACGACUGACUUUGAUUUCUCGCCGUUUGACGACGCGUUGCUGGCAACAUGCUCGGCCGACACCACGGUGAAACUGUGGCGACUGGAGGACGCAGGGACGGAGGUAACGGCCGCGCAGAGCACUGCGCUCGGACCAGAGGCAGCGCCCGUGGAAUGUGUGCUCUUUCACCCUUCCGCUGACGGGGUGUUAGCGAGUGGAGCGGGCAGCGUGGCCACAGUGUGGGACCUGGUUCAGCAGAAGCCUCUGGCAGCUCUCGGUGACCACGGGGACCAAGUGCAGAGCCUGACCUGGAAGGGGGAUGGCUGCCUGCUGGGCUCCUCCUGCAAGGAUAAGAUGCUGCGGGUUUUCGACCCAAGGGCCAAGUCUUCAGCGGUGCAGUCUGUUAAAGGCCAUGACAACAUUAAGGAUUCGCGGCUGCUCUGGCUGGGCGUACUGGAUGUCGUUCUGUCGUCUGGCUUCAGCCAGAUGCGUGAGCGACAAGCCAGGCUGUGGGACGUACGGAAGUUCACCGCGCCUCUCAGCACCCUGACCAUCGACACAGCUCAGAGCUCACUCAUCCCACUGUACGACGUUGACUCCGGGUUGCUGAUCCUGGCCGGAAAGGGUGACAAUGUUCUGCGAUGUUUUGAAGUGUCCGCAACCGACACUGCACUAACACAAGUGGGCCAGUGUCUGACAGAGGUGAAGUCCAAAGGUGUUGCAACAGUGCCCAAACUCGCCCUGGACGUGAUGUCGUGUGAAGUCAUCCGCCUGCUUCAGCUGACUGAGAAUUCCAUUGUGCCCAUCAGCUACAGAGUGCCGCGCAAGUCUCUCCAGGAAUUCCAUGCUGAUUUAUUCCCAGACACUGCGGGAAAAGUUCCGGCAAUGUCUGCACUGGACUGGUUCAACGGAUCCAACAAACAGGUGCCGAGGGUAAGUCUAGCGCCAGGCAAAGGCAACAGGCAGGGCUUCACCUCCGGCGCCCUGCCUUCCACCAUGGAGACAGCCACACUACCAAGGUCACAGGCUGCCAAGGGAGGCGGAGAAAAGGAAGAAGAGUCUUGGGGAGCUGGAGACACAGUUCACAGUGGACAGAUAUCAUCAUCAAGUUCCAAUGGCUCGCUGGCCUCGCCGUCCGUCACCUCCCUGAGCAGCACAAAGUCCAGCGAUUCUGUCACAACCCCUCAGAGCCAGAAAUCUCUGCACAACUUCCUGGGCACAAACUCAAAGUUCAGACACGUUCAGGGGAUGGUGUCACACCGGGACACACACAUCACCAACCUGAAGGGACUGAAUCUGACCACCCCUGGCGAGUCUGAUGGCUUCUGCGUGAAUCGUGAGCGAGCUGCCGUUCCACUGUCGGUAUCAGGAGGACAGAUCGCUGUGCUGGAGCUGUCAAAGCCCGGCCGGUUACCGGAUUCCUCACUGCUCACUAUCCAGAACACUGCAGCCGUUGCCGACCUCUGUUGGGAUCCCUUCGAUUGCCAGCGCCUCGCAGUUGCUGGUGAAGAUGCAAAGAUCCGAAUCUGGAGGGUACCGGCCGGAGGGUUGACAGAUAUGCUCUCCACUCCCGAGACCAUUCUCCAUGGUCACUCAGAAAAAAUCUAUUCCAUCAGAUUCCACCCACUGGCCUCUGAUAUCUUAGCUUCUUCCUCAUAUGACAUGUCUGUGAAAAUCUGGAACCUCAGCUCAGGGAAAGACGAGAUCAUACUGAAGGGGCACACAGACCAGAUCUUCAGCUUGUCGUGGAGCCCCGACGGACAGCAUCUGGCAACAGUCAGUAAAGAUGGCCAGGUUCGAAUGUAUGAUCCUCGGCGCUCCGUCGAUCCACUUCAGGAAGGACCAGGUCCCGCCGGCAGUCGAGGGGCACGGAUUCUGUGGGUGAGGCAGGGGCAUUAUCUACUGGUAUCUGGCUUCAGCAGCCGCAGUGAACGACAGAUCUACCUCUACAAAGUGGGCUCGUUGUCAUUGGGACCAAUAGCAACAUUUGACUUGAACUUAGCCCCGUCCACUCUCAUUCCCUUCUAUGAUGAAGAUACCAACACUCUCUAUCUCACCGGCAAGGGUGAUACUAGGGUCCACGUCUUUGAGGUACAGUCCGAAGAUCCCUAUUUCCUUCCGUGCAGCAGUUACAGUUCUGCUAAUCCGCACAAGGGACUCUGCUUCCUACCUAAGACUGAAUGCAAUGUGAGGGAGGUGGAGAUCACGCGAGCCUUGUGUUUGGGGAGCAAUUCCUUGGAGUACGUGAAUUUCAAAGUUCCCCGAGUCAAGAAAGACUUUUUCCAGGAUGAUAUUUUCCCAGACACCACCAUAUGGUGGAGACCAGCUCUCACAGCCUCUGCCUGGCUGGCUGGAGCCAAUGGGCAACAUCAGAUGAUGGGGCUGAAGCCUGACAACAUGACCCCAGUGAGUGCUGCGCCUAAAGAGGCACCUGUCAGAAAGUACCAGCCCUCAUCUUUCUACCUGGAGGAGAAAACAGAUGAGGAGAAAAAGGAAGAGCUGCUGAGUGCCAUGGUGUUGAAACUUGGGAACCUGGAUGAUCCUCUGCCUCAGGAUUCCUUUGAAGGGGUAGAUGAGGAGGAGUGGGAUGACUAGAUUUCAGCCAAAGACAUUUCUCCGAUCUUCAUCUCCUGACAGACCCAUCAGUCAACGGAGGAGCAACUUUUUCUCUGGUCAAGUGCCAUUCACAAGAUCAUUAACGGGCAAGAGACUGCCUCUCUCACCCCUCGUCACAUUCACCAUCUCCCUCACCUUUUGCUCAUUCAGUGUCCCCCUCAUCCCUUGCUCACUUUCACCAUCACCCCAACGCUUCGCUUUGUGCAGCAACCCUCGCAUCGCUGGCUGAAGCUUACCAUUGCCCUCAUUUCUCACCACAUUCACAAGGCCACCUUUGCUCCUGCCACACUUGCUCACGCCUCUCCUUGUGAAUUUUUACCAGGGUCAAUAUUUUGCAUUAUUGCUAAUUAUUUUAUUAACAAUCAGGAAUGCAUGUUUAUUAAAAAAUACCUCCAACCAAA